AGUCGUAAGACUAUAGCCUGUUCACUAAGGAGGAAGAAAAAAAAAAAGUAGCAUGUUAUUCGCAUUUCAUAUGUUCAUCGACCAAUGUCAAUAAUAUACAUUUAUAUUAUGUCAUGAAUAGAGCUACAUAACAGUCUAGUUGGCUUGUGAAACGCAAUAAAAAAGUACAUAAAUAUUAACCUCUUGGUGGACGAGUUUUUAACAUCAUGUUUAAAAUUACUUCAAAAUCGAACUAUUUCAUCGGUAAUCAAAAGUGGAGCCGAAUAUUUGGAAACUCGAAUGUUGGACAAGACAUACAUGGUACACCUUGUCUUAAAUAUCCUCCAGCAGCUGCUUUAAAAUUACCAACCAAUGUUGUGGAUAUUAAUGCUUCUGAAACUGGUAGAUUUUCACCCUCGAGGGAGAGAGACAUAUCUGGUCCAGUUAUAAAUUCAUAUUUCAGGAAACAAGAAAUGUUAAAAUUUGAUAUCACUGCACAAGCAGAUCCAUAUGCAAACAAAUAUGAUUGCACUGGUGCUGUCAGCUUGUAUUCUUCUAUGCAAAGUAAUGUACCAAGUCCCUUUACUGGGAAUCGGACACAUUUAAACAUGCCUGGAUCACAAUGGGGACAAGGACACAAAUAUUUGUCUGAACAUUUGCAUAGUGCACACUAUCUUACUAUGCGUAAUGAGUACAGAGAAAGAAUGUUAAACAAAGCUGUUGGCACGAGAAACAUGAGUACUGACACCCAACCCCCCAUAAAUGCCAAAGAGAAAUUGAAAAAAGCAGUCAAAGAAUAUGGGUCAACAGUGAUUGUGUUUCAUGUUACCAUUUCACUGCUCUCGUUAGGGGGAUGUUACCUGCUGGUUUCUAGUGGAGUAGAUCUGGUGGCAGUUGUGAAGUAUUUGAAUAUUGGAGAAGGUGGCAUUUUAAAAGUUGCUGGAUCUAAUGCGGGUACUUUUGUGGUAGCAUAUGCCGUACACAAAUGUCUUGCCCCAUUCAGGAUAGCUAUUACAUUGACAGCUACACCUUUCAUUGUACGAUAUUUGAGACACAUUGGAUUUUUAAAACAUAUCAUUAAGGCUGGUGGUGGUAAAUAAUAUUACAGCAUUAUAUAAAAAUAAAAAUAAGUUAUUACUAAA